GUUGAAACCCAUAACUAACCAAUCCAUAGACUCGUACAUUUUACUGCUUUCUGCUUUUAUCAAAUUUUGAAAUUUUAACGAGUGACCUUCACCCAUUAAUGCAGUUCUUAUUUCUUUUAAUUGAUUCACAUUUUAAAUCAUUCUGUUUUUAAUUUUGUAAAUAAUUUCCUUUCAAUCAAAGAAUCGUAAAGUUGAAUGACAGCCUGAUUCAAUUCAUAUCUGAUCUAUAACAGCCUUGAUCAUCAGUUCGACAUUUGCAUUCAGUGUACAACUGAGAUUCUCCAUUUAAACUCAGUUCUUGAUGCAGAGAAGGAAUAUUUGAAGCAAACAAAAGUUCUUCCGCACUUCUUAACUCAGUUUAUUAAAUUUUUUGAAAAGAACUGGCUUUGACUUUUAUAACAUCAGCAAGCAGUUAUUGGAUUCAAAUAUUGGUGUAACCUGCAUGUAACGGGUAAAAUCCUACUCAAAGGUACACAGGCCAUUUGCUGGUUUUGGGCCAUCCACACUUUCUCCCUUAGCUGACAGCUUCUACCAUGGAAUGCCAAACACUCCAGAUGCAUGCCAGAUCCGCCAUCAUACAGCAGCUUUUUUGGUUCUUUAGCUUAGCAGCAUGCAUAAAGCUCGUAUUGAUCCCAUCAUACCACAGCACAGACUUUGAGGUACAUCGGCAUUGGCUUGCAUUAACUCACUCCCUCCCUCUCUCUCAAUGGUACUUUGACGAGACCAGCCCCUGGACUCUUGAUUACCCUCCUUUCUUUGCCUAUUACGAAUAUAUUCUCUCCCUCUUUGCCCAGUUCAUUGACCCUCAAAUGGUUGACAUCUACAGAGGCCUCAAUUAUAAAUCAAACACAGUAAUCUACUUCCAAAGAAUCAGUGUGAUCAUCUCAGACUUAUGUCUUCUAUAUGGGAUUUAUAGAUUGACUAAAAAUCUAGAGUCAAGAAAGAGAAUUUUGAUGUGGGUAUUGGUGGUUUGGUCACCAGGGCUUAUAAUGGUGGACCAUAUGCAUUUUCAGUACAAUGGUUUUUUGCUAGGGCUCUUGAUGCUGUCCAUUUCCUACUUGCAAGAAGGGAGAGAUUUGAUGGGUGGCUUCUUUUUUUCAGUUUUAUUGUGUUUUAAGCACUUGUUUGCAGUGGCUGCGCCAGUUUAUUUUGUGUACUUGUUGAGGCAUUAUUGCUGGAAAGGUAUCUCCAUGGGUUUCAGGCGGUUUUCUGCAAUGGGGGCAGUUGUUGUGGUGGUUUUUGCAGUGGCAUAUGGUCCAUUUUUGUAUUAUGGCCAGAUACAGCAAGUUGUCAGACGCAUGUUUCCUUUUGGGAGAGGACUUUGCCAUGCAUACUGGGCUCCAAAUUUUUGGGUAUUUUAUAUGGUGUUAGAUAAAUGUCUUGCUAUCGUUCUCAGAAAACUCAGAUUCAACAUCCAAGCUCCAACAGCUUCAUUUACUGGUGGGCUGGUAGGGGAUUCAUCUCCUUUUGCUGUACUGCCUCAGAUCACUCCCUUGACAACCUUCAUCAUGGUCUUGCUUGCCUUAUCUCCUUGCCUUCUUAAGGCUUGGAAGAAUCCCCAGCCAAGAUUGGUUGCUAGAUGGAUUGCUUAUGCUUAUACAUGUGGCUUUGUCUUUGGAUGGCAUGUUCAUGAGAAAGCAUCCCUCCACUUUGUGAUCCCAUUGGCUAUUGUUGCAACACACAGUUUGGAAGAUGCAAGGCAUUACUUCUUACUUGCUAUAGGGUCAUGCUACUCAUUAUUUCCUCUUCUAUACGAGGCUCAGGAAUAUCCUAUCAAGGUGCUGUUGUUGCUAUUACACUCUAUCCUAAUGUGGUACUGCUUUUCUGCACAAUUCACCAAGGAUGCUGCAGCUAAAGAGAACGCACCUGCAAAGAGAGGAGGUGAACAAUUUGGUUCUCAGGGAACUUCAAGCUCCACAGUUGAAGGAGGAAUCCAUAUUGGAAGGAUUGGGAAGUGUUACUUAGUUGGUCUUUUGGCUGUUGAAACAUGGGGUCAGCUCUUGCAUCCUUACCUCCUUGGCGAUAAGCUUCCCUUUCUACCCCUUAUAUUAAUUUCCACAUUUUGUGCGCUGGAAAUAAUGUACUCAUGGAUAUGGCAACUAAGAUGGAUAUUGAAAUCCACCUGAUUCUUAAUGCUUUGUUGAAA